UAUAAAAGUAAAACCCAUCGGUGAGAACUAGAGUGGAUUCAAAGAAAAGUUCAGAAAGUUUCUCGAGUUCUCGAGAUGAGGCCCAACAUUGUCACCGAGGCGGGAUUGCCUACCAGGCUCAAUCAGUGGUGGGCUGGUGUUCCAUUCAUCACUUCCGGUGUAGUAAUUGUUUGUUUAGCUAUCUACUUGGUUUGUUUACUUAUCGGUUAUGACUCCUUUUAUGAGAUAUGCUUCUUGCCAUCCAAAGUGGUUUCGGGAUUCCAAGUAUACAGGAUUUAUACAGCAGUCCUUUUCCAUGGAUCACUACUGCAUGUUGUUUUCAAUAUGUUGGCUUUGGUACCUCUUGGCACAGAAUUGGAACGGAUCAUGGGAUCUGUUCGCCUCUUGUAUCUUAUCUUUUUGCUUACUACGAGCAAUGCCGUUUUUCACCUUAUCAUUGCUCUGGUCGUGGGGCACAAUCCUAUUAGCUCUACCUUAUAUCUAAUGCAAGAGUGUGCGAUAGGGUUCUCUGGAAUCUUAUUUUCAUUUAUUGUCAUUGAGACCAACCUGAGUGGAGCCCAAUCUAGAAGUGUUUUUGGCCUCUUCAAUGUGCCAUCAAAGUUGUAUCCCUUUAUUCUAUUAGUAUUGAUCCAGCUGCUAGCGACAAACGUAUCAUUACUGGGACAUUUGUGUGGCAUCUUGUCAGGGUUUGCAUACACUUAUGGAUUGUUCAACUGCUUGCUGCCUGGAUCAUCAUUCUAUUCAUCAAUUGAGAGCUCCUCAUUGCUUUCAACUUGUAUAAGACGCCCUGGAUUUAUUCUGUGCACCGGUGGGACCACAUAUGGUAACCUUCCUACUCACUCAUAUACAAAUGGGACAUCAAGUGGGAUUAUUUCAGGAUCCCUGUGGAGGAACCUUUCUUCAUGGAUGCCACGAAGGGAAACCACAGUUCAGUCAACUCAAGACCCCAGAUUUCCAGGGAGGGGGAGGACACUUGCUUCUACACAUAAUCAGUCAGCAUCUGCAGCUGAACCUGAUAUGGGUCUACAAACUAGGCUUUUAGAUGAUUCUGUAACAAGCCAUCCCUCUGAAACACCCUUGAUGACAGGACCAAGGGCAUCAGAUGCAAGGAAUCUAACCGGGGAUACUCAAGUAGCUGCUAGCCUAGCCGCAUAUACCCAGGCUACUGAUAGCUUUGAUGAAGAGCUCAAGAAGCUAGUAGCAAUGGGCUUUGAAAAGACUCAGGCAGAAGUAGCCCUUGCAGCAGCUGAUGGAGACCCAAAUGUAGCAAUUGAAAUUCUUAUGAGUCAGGAGGGUUGAGUGAUGAGGAAUGUUGAACAAAACUUGCUGCAGCAGCACCAAGCCUGUCAUGGACCUCAUUGGAUGAUUAGCAUGGUAAUGUAAACUCCAUCCAUAGUGUGACCAUUUCUUAUAUUGUAGUUGAUGAUAAUGUGACUGAAAGAGGAUGUAAAUUGAGUUGAAAAGAACCCAAGAAACAAAAAAUCUUCACAAAAAAAAUAAAUAAAUAAAUAAUUUACUGCCA